GUCACCGCCAGACACCACACUUGCUAGGUGGUAGCUUAAAUCGGCCGCGGUCCAUUUAGUACAUGUCGGACCCGCGUGUCGCCACUGUGUAAUCGCAGACCUAGCGCCACCACCAAGGCAGGUCUCGUGAUACGAGAGAGCACUCGCCCCCAGUUGUACGAGAACCUAGCUACAGACCAGAUGUACGAAGCCUUUCUCUCUCAUUAGCCGAGAGACAGAAUAGCCAUCAGCUAAGUUAAUGGCUACGAACUAGCAAGGCGCCAUUAGCCAUACAGUGAUUGUACUUAAAGUCUCCUGUGUAUCGUCAAGAUCGAUGUACCACAAGGAAUGAGUAAAGUUAAGUAUUAAACCUGCUCCGUACUUUUCUUCCUAACAUUAAUUGCGUAUCCUGUUCCAGUACUUCACGCCCGUCUGCGUUAGUCUAGCUUGCCUUUUCAGCCAUCUCAACUUCACGGUGUCGGCCCAGCUACCGACACAACAUUGGCGACGAGGGAAAAGAGUUCUUUCUGAUUGCUUACAUUUAAUUGUGUCAUGGCUUCGCCACAUUCUCCAGAUGUACUGUCCGAAUUUUAUCGCUUGCAGAAUCAGAAGACGCAGGCGUUACUGGAUGCCCUUGGACAGCUCGUCCAGGGUCAACGUACCAUUCAAACCGAUGCGGCCGCCGCCGCUUCUUCGCUACCGCUGCCACUAAACGCUGUUGCACCUCCCUUUCGACCAUACGUGGCAGCCAAUGAGACCUGGCACGAGUGGUCUCGCCAGUUCAACUUUCAUCUAGCAGCCUACAGAAUUCAAGAUGCCGCCUGCUUCCCCGAAGAAAUGGAGGAUCCUCAGAUCAAGUGCGCAUGUGUCCUGAAAGGGUACGGUUCAGAAGAGGACAAAGCGCAGUGUUUGGGACGCGAAACUGUCGAGGGACGCCAGCUGGCGCGAGUGAAGCGGUGGAUCUUCCGAAUGUCCAACAGCAACAGAGGCCAGUGCGACAACCAGAACAACACGGUGUCCUGCGCGGAGACGUCUGGCAUCGAUGGAACACAUCAGCAGCGGCCCAGUCUGGUGGACCGGGUUUGCGAACCCGGGAGGAUCUUCAUGCAAGGCUGCAACACGUGCCAGUGCAACACCCAAGGCACCGCAGCUAUCUGCACGCAGAAGGUGUGCUACGAGAAGUGCCGUCCUGGAAGCAUCAAGUUCGUUAAUUGCAACGUCUGCUUGUGCCACCCGUACGACUGGAAGUGCACCAACAUGAAGUGUCCGUCAAAACCGACGCUCUGCCCGUCGUCAGCUGUCAAGGAUCACCCCGCCUGCAGACAAGGAGGAAGAUACAAGAGAGAACUACGAACAGAAACAUCCACCAAGUCUUACGUGUGCUUGGGCAAAAAAUCUCAUCUCAAGAACUGCAACACUUGUAGACCGCCAGGCUGCCAGCCAAAUGUAGACAAACCAAAACCUGUCACUACAAAUGUACGAACGCCGCCAGUCUGCCUACCGGAGAAGUCGUACCUGAAGAACUGCAACACCUGCCGCUGCCCCGAUGGCUCGGGCUACCCCUGUAAGUCGGGCAAUUGCCAGCGGGGCGUGAUGUUGAAGCCGGCCGGUCUGCGGCCCGGUCUGAGGCGCAGCGCCCAGCAGCGCCAGCCACAGCCAGAACCGGAGGAGGUCGACUACUCACAGACGCUCGGUUUCAGAAGGAAGCGAAGCCCCCAGAUAUCCUGGAGAGAGCGACCUGGGCUGAGAUGCGUGUCUCUCGCACAGAGAGGUGUAAGAGGCUUCAACCAAGCGACUCAGUGCGUACCAGGAACGAGCUUCAUGCUGAGCUGCAACAGAUGCAUCUGCAGACGGUCCGGCAGGAGCGCAAUUUGCACCAAAUUCAACUGCCUCGAGAGAGCGCAGGAAGAUUGA